CAUGUGGAGCCGACGGCCUCUCAGCACCUCCGCAGAAACAUGGCGGCAGUCAGAGGAGUGAGACUAUUUAGAAUUGGAUGCUAUGCCACUCGGCAGAAUUCAACGCUGAAAACACCUCGGUUCCUCCAACUACGGGAGUUCCGCGUAAAUGGAGUUCACCGGCAGCAACCCUUUGACUCCUCAGCGGAAAAGCCACAGUUUCCUGGAGCAUCUGCUGAGUUUGUUGAUCAGCUGGAGUUCAUCAAGCCCAAUGUAAUCUCGGGAAUCCCUGUGUACAGAGUGAUGGACAGACAGGGGCAGAUCAUCAAUCCCUCAGAGGAUCCACAGUUGACUAAAGAGCAGGUCUUGAAUUUCUAUCAGAAGAUGACAUUACUGAACACCAUGGAUCGCAUCCUGUAUGAAUCUCAGAGACAAGGUCGUAUCUCAUUCUACAUGACUAACUAUGGUGAGGAGGGAACACACAUUGGAAGUGCUGCAGCAUUGGAUCCCAGGGAUCUUGUCUUUGGCCAGUAUCGUGAAGCUGGUGUCCUCAUGUACCGUGGCUUCCCAUUGGACCUUUUCAUGGCACAAUGCUAUGCAAAUGUUGAUGACCUCGGGAAAGGCAGGCAGAUGCCAGUCCACUACGGUAGCAAAGACCUAAACUUUGUCACUAUCUCUUCUCCGCUGGCAACUCAGAUUCCACAAGCUGCUGGGGCCGCCUAUGCCUUGAAGAGGGAGAACGAUAAUCGCGCAGUCAUCUGCUACUUUGGGGAGGGGGCAGCAAGUGAGGGUGAUGCCCAUGCUGGGUUCAACUUCUCAGCCACACUGGAGUGUCCGCUCAUUUUUUUCUGUCGUAAUAAUGGAUAUGCCAUCUCCACACCUACCAAUGAGCAGUACAGGGGUGAUGGCAUUGCUGCUCGAGGCCCUGGCUAUGGGAUGAUGUCCAUCCGUGUAGAUGGCAAUGAUGUCUUUGCCGUUUACAACGCAACAAAGGAGGCUCGUCGCAGGGCGGUUGCUGAGAACCAGCCCUUCCUUAUAGAGGCUAUGACCUAUAGGAUUGGUCACCAUAGCACCAGUGAUGACAGCUCGGCAUACCGCUCGGUGGACGAAGUAAACUACUGGGACAAGCAAGACCACCCCAUCUCCCGCCUGCGGCACUACAUGGCGGCGCGCAGCUGGUGGGGUGAGGAAGAGGAGCGGACCUGGAGGAAGCAGUCUCGCAAGCUGGUCAUGGAGGCCUUUGAGAAGGCUGAGAAGCGGCUCAAGCCCAAACCUGACCUGCUCUUCGAAGACGUAUAUCAGGAAAUGACUCCCAACUUGGAGAAGCAGAAGGAUGCUAUGUGGAGGCAUGUUCAGCAGUACAAAGAGCAUUACCCAAUUGACCUUUAUGACAAGUAGAAUAGUUGGACUAAGUAUGGAAUGUUAGGACUGGUGUGUUGGUUGAAAUAUUGUAGUGAUUAUGUGUGUGUGUGUGUGUGUGGGUGUGUGUUAUAGCAUUGUUAGAAAUGCUGGACCAGAUGGUUGAGAAUGGGAUGGUGUUCACGUUUUCCACUAGGGGCCUCAACAACACUGUAUUUUAGUGCCUUGAAAUGCAUUGCAGCUUUUUAAAUCUGGAAUGACUGCUCAUCACAAAUAUAAACUUGGUUGUCGCUUCAUGUUUUGUUGUCCUUGUGUACUUAUCUCUUUGUUUUACAUUCUACACAGCCAGUAGCCGUGAGUGGAAAGGAGAUGUUGGCAUAGCAAAGCAUUUGAUUGUUAGGGAAAGGCUGUGGUCCUUUUAGAUCUUUUAUAUUAGUUAUUUAUUGUAUUCUUGGUUGUUUAUGAGGUGUUUCAGAAACACAACUCCAAGGUCUCAUUUGACAUCUUUGUAGACAGCAAAAGCUUUGUCUUUCUGAAACAAUUUUGCAGUGUCACAUCCAUCCUGCUUUUUCCCCAUUCUUCAACCAGUCUGACAAGUUGCUAAAGUAACAUUGAGGGUUUUUUUUUCUUUUUAUUGGGGCUUCACUUCCUGGUCAGCUUUCUGUAGACACAUAAUUUAGUCUUUAAGCUGCUGAGCUGGAGGGAAAAGAAAUGUUACUGAGAUGUUCAGUUGGAUUUUCUUAUUCAAAUUGAAAUUUUCCCAAUGCCAGUCACAUAUCAGCAUUGCCUUUGUGAAGUGAUAGAAAAUCAACUUUAACUUUGUAACUUUUACUGGAACAAAGUAGCAGGCCAUUGGCAAGAAAUAUUUGUUAUUGUGGUGCGAUUUUGGUUUGAGGUCAGAACAGUAUUGAAAACCACUACACAUAGGGAUGGGGAUUAUUAGUAGCUGUGACUUUUCUGAAUAAAUGACAUUCUAAAUUA